AUGGGAGCUACUGGGGUCCUGUGGGGAAUCGCCCACUUCUCAGAGGAGUUGACGUCUGAGCCAAGACGAGCAGCCUAUCUGGAUAUCGUCACUGGAGCCCUAGGAGGCAAGGGAUCACAACCACUGGAUAUCAGCGAAGAACACUUUUCUGCGGAUCCGUUCGCGCGAGGUUCCAUUGCGGUUCUGCCCCCGAAUAUCGACAUCACCUCGCUCCGCUUUCUUAAAGCAGUGAACGAUCACGGAGAGAGGAUCCUGUUUGCUUCUGCCGAGUACUCGAACGUCUCUAUGGGGUUGAUGAACGGUGCGGUUCUCUCUGGGAAAACAGCCGGUGCAACGGUAGCACGUCGUCUGCGGAAAGCUGAUGAUCCUGGUCAUGCCAGAAUUCAGCUAAAACAGGUCAGCUUGAUUGGCUCACUUCCAGAAGCCGAUCGGGAAGACAACGAGAUAGCCAACCUGGUGCGUCUCAACGACGAAGUAGCAAAGACCACUCGACUACUGGAGGGAACGGUGGAGAGAAAACGAAUCAACGAGUCCACGUCUGUCGGUGCAUACGUCUACAACACCUCAACGCAUUAUCCGGUCACAGAUCCUAUCGAAGCUACUACCUUCAAGCAUUUCAGUUUUGGUAAUGUAGAAGAUGACGAUGAGGACAGCGACCCCAGCACUAGUAUCACCCAGGACGAUGACACUACGGGAGAAAAUGCCGGCGUAGACACUGCCACAGAGGGGAUUUCCUUCGUCUACCACACUUCGAGCCUGAAUCCGCCUGCAGAACCCUUGGAAACAUCCACGUUCAAACACUUUAGCUUUGGGAAUGCUGAUCCAGCACCACCUUUCGUGCCCCCACCCAGAUCGGGCAAUCCUAUCAUCACCGCUACAAUCCCGACGACAACAACAACGGACCGAACCACAUUCACUCCGAUUGAUAGGAACAGGAUCACCACGCCAUUCGAAUACCACACCUCAACUAUCAAUCCGCCAAUGGAAGUUGUCGAAGUAACUCCCUUCAAGCAUUUCAGCAAUGGAAAUGUAAAUGCAGCUUCGUCGAAUCCUGCAAGCGACAUUGGAUCGUCGACAUCUAAGGAAGAUGUUGCUAGGAAGUUGAAGGAGAUUUUAGACGAGCUGCCCACGUCCAGUUCUCUUCAAAUUGCUCGGCAACUCUCUGCAGUUCUUCAUGAUCUCCUUCUUUCGAUGUCAGAAAAACGACGAUAA